GCCUCCUAGCAGUUUGCCACUGGCUUUGCAGCCUCCUGGUUGCCUCAGUCCAGGCAAGGAGCUGGCAAUCUCCUUUGUAGUUUCAGGAGCAGUUCUGUUACCAUGGAGGCCACAUUCUGAUUUGAAGAGUGUAAAGCUUCAAAACACAAGCUUGCCAAGAGCCUUUGGAGGAAAACCUGCCGCUUCCAUCAAUUUCACACAAAUGGUUGAUCCUGGAGGUGGUGCUGUUUGCAAUGGAACACUUCACAAUCAGAGUGACCACUGUCACAGAAAAAACUGCACAAGGAACGGGAUGGUGAAAGAAGCCCAGCAAAAUGGAAAUUCAAAUUUUUAUAAGCCAGUUGUUGAAUCCUUUGAGGAAGCACCUCUACAUGUUAUGGUUUUCACUUACUUGGGAUACGGAAUUGGAACGCUGUUUGGCUAUCUCAGAGAUUUUUUGAGAAACUGGGGAAUAGAAAAAUGCAAUGCAGCUAUAGAGAGAGAAGAGCAAAAAGAUUUUGUGCCGCUGUAUCAAAGCUUUGAGAAUUUUUAUACACGGAACCUUUACAUGAGAAUCAGAGACAACUGGAACCGGCCAAUCUGCAGUGCCCCGGGGGCUCUGUUCGAUGUGAUGGAGAGGGUGUCAGAUGACUACAACUGGACAUUUAGGUUUACUGGAAGAAUCAUCAAAGAUGUCAUCAAUAUGGGUUCCUAUAACUUCCUUGGCCUAGCAGCCAAGUACGAUGAAUCUAUGAAAACAGUAAAGGAUGCUUUAGAGACAUAUGGCCUGGGCGUGGGCAGCACCAGACAUGAAAUGGGAACCUUGGAUAAACAUAAAGAGUUGGAGGACCUUGUGGCUAAGUUCCUGAAUGUAGAAGCUGCUAUGGUCUUUGGGAUGGGAUUUGCAACGAACUCAAUGAAUAUCCCUGCACUCGUUGGAAAGGGAUGCCUCAUUUUAAGCGAUGAGUUAAACCAUGCAUCUCUUGUGCUUGGGGCCCGACUCUCGGGUGCAACCAUAAGGAUCUUCAAACACAACAACAUGCAAAGCCUAGAGAAGCUCCUGAGAGAUGCUGUAAUCUACGGUCAGCCUCGAACCCGCAGAGCUUGGAAAAAGAUUCUCAUCCUAGUGGAGGGCAUCUACAGCAUGGAAGGUUCCAUCGUGCGUCUGCCCCAGAUCGUGGCUCUAAAGAAGAAAUACAAGGCUUACCUCUACGUAGAUGAAGCUCACAGUAUUGGGUCCUUGGGCCCGACCGGCCGGGGUGUGAUGGAGUUCUUUGCAAUGGACCCCAGAGAUAUUGAUGUAUUUAUGGGCACAUUCACCAAAAGCUUUGGCGCCUCAGGAGGUUACAUAGCUGGAAGGAAGGACCUUGUGGAUUAUUUACGGGCUCACUCACAUAGCGCUGCUUAUGCCACCUCCAUGAGCCCCCCGAUAGCAGAGCAAAUCAUCAGAGCAAUGAAACUCAUCAUGGGACUAGAUGGGACCACGCAAGGUGAAGAACUUGAGCUGCAGAAAGAUGAAAUGCCUUGCCCAAGAUGGCAGAGAGGAUUUUGAACCCAGGAAAACUAGGCUCACGGUCCUUGAGCACUUGACAGAGAUGCUGUUGUCAUGGAGACAGCUUGGAGGGUGGAGUGGUCCGAUCUCCCAGCCGCUGAGCCCCUCCCUCAGUUUUUCCCUGCACCCCCUCCCUGAGGCUUCCUCAGUGCAGCCCCCGCCCAGCAGACACUUUGAAAACCAGAGGUUUGAAUCAUGCACACGCUGCCUCGAUGGGGCUUCCUACAGGCUACUUUCAUUUGCAUUGUUUCUCAGAGCGCUUUCAGGGGACCCCCAUUAACCCAAUUCCUCAGCCAGGACCUCUCCUUUGCCUUCUUGCCACAAUCUUUGCUGAAGCACAUCUCACCCACUUCUGCUGCCACUCUGGCCUCCUUACGUGUCUGGCCACCUCUGGUUUUCCCCUUAUCCUACUCCAUGUACUAUACACUAUAACUUCCUCUUCCUAAACCCCCUCAGAAUAUGGCAUAUCCUGUUCGUGAUGCUGCCCUGGCUCCCUGGUGCCCACCACCUCUUAGGUUGGCAUCUGCAGCCCUCUGGGUCUGAUUCCACUGAUCUUUCUCAUGACUGUAAACCAAACGUUCUAGGCAAGUGAGCUAACCAUCCCUCCUGGCGCACAAGGCGUUCACUUACCGCCUCUAGGUCUUUGCUCCAAACUCCCAGAGCAUUUCUUCCAUGGGGCGUCCAAUUUUCUACCGUCUGUGAUUAUUACAUACUUUUUCUAGGCUAUAAGUUCCUUGAAAAUAAUAGACAUAUUCAUCUUUUAAUUCUCCCCUGAACACAACAGCCACUCACACGGAAAAGUACGAAAUAACAUUCUCCCCAAAGUCCUGGGAAACAGAUCGUUAUCAUCCCCACUUAACAGAGCGGUAAAUUAAGGCUCAGAUAUGAGUGACUUCCUCAUCUCCAUAGAAAAAAGAAAAGGGCAGAUGGGAGCUGACACACGGACCUGUUGAUGGAGGGGAAAAAUGCAAAAGUACUUGGAGACAAAUUGCUCUCUGGCGGCUUCAGUUAGAAUCAGCCUUAUUAUCUUCAUAGAAUCAACAACCACAAUAGUUUAUGACUACGAGUCGUGGUUCAGAGCUGGGGUGCACACCGCAGUUACCCAGGGGGAGGUUUUGUAAAAGGUCCACACCAGUCCUUCUGGAGCAGAAUCUCUGCAGAAGAGGCUUACCUGUGAGUAUUCCAGAAAAAAAAAUAUUCCCUGAAGACUCUGUUGUGUUCCCCUGUUUAAGAAUCACCAAUUUGCAAGGUUCCCAAAGGCCCCAGACUUCCAAAUUACCCCAUUCGAUGAGCAAAACUCCAUCAUUAGAGACUUGCUAAGAUACUGCUCUCUACUUAAAUGCAAGUUAACAUUAAACCUUAUCACUCAUUCUGUAAGGAUUCAAGAAGCACUACUAUGUGACAGGCCAGCUGACUCUGUCUAUAUCUGUCUUAUGGCUCUUCUCAUGUGUAUAUUAUCUGAUAUCUGCUCUCUCUACUGUUAGGUUAUUUCUUGCCAAAUAGCCCCAGAAUUUUUUCAUCUUCUCCUCCAUCUUAGCAGCUGGCUCCUGUACAUAGUGAGUGCUUUUCAUUUGUGAAAUGUAUGAAUCCAUGAAUCAUGGGGCUCACACCUCAUCAGGAAUGAGUUUAUGAGCUUCUUUCAAGGAGCAGACUUUGAUAGACUCUUAGGCACUGCCAAUUUCCAGGUCAGCUGUGCAAUGCAUGAACAGUCUCCCAGUCUUGGUUUCCUCAUCUGUGAAGGGGGCCCAAAAGCACAGCUCCUGGCUCAUAGUAGGUGCACAAGACAUGUCCACUGUCACCUCUCCUUGUGGAUUAAGCCCCUGACGGUGUAUCUGAGCAGUGGGUGGGGAGGUGGAAACAGGGGCAUGAAAUCCUGUCGUGUAGACAGCCAUCCAACCCGACGUCCGGCCUGCCCACUCCACUCCUGUGUGCAUUCCACAGGGGCAGGACUGAGCAGCCUGGACCGUCCUUGGCACACGUGUAUGUGACUAUAAAACAUGCCAUAACCUUGGAAUCCAGAAAUCAAAAGGGAGAGCUUCAGUGCCUGAUAAAAAUAUGUGUUCCUCUCAGCAAACCACUCCAAACGCUGUCUUCUCCAUCCCACUGGGAAGCUUGUCACUGCUAAUGUGAUUCUUAUGAUGCUUGCUGCUCUGUAGCCUCUUGAUCUUUCCUGAGAUCUCUCUGCCCUGAGUGUGUAGGAAACAAAAUGUCCUGUCUGGUGUCCAGAGCUUAAAAUAACAGACACUGGGUUCCUGCUGCCACAUUGAAACUUUACUCCAAGGUCUCUCCCCGUCACCCCUGCUCCCGCCCCCUCCCCAUGCCCAGAGCAGAAGCCUAGUGUGAGCGUCAGACAAAGAAGGGGAAGGAGGCAAGGGGGCAGGGUUGGGGG